AGAGGAGGGUGUAUAGGAUGGGGAGGCCAUAGCGAUGGUGCAAUACAAGUGACGUCGAAUGUGGUAGUUGAGGUGGCGAGAAGAGGAAGGAGGAAUAGAGAUGAUGGUGGUGGAAGCCUUUUUUUGCGAGCAAAUGACUUAUCGGAUGCUUUCAACCCUCUUUUCUACAUCCCACAACCUAGGGAUAAAACAUUAGAGA